UGAAUGAAAAAACAAAAGGAAAACCUUUAUAUAGGUAAAAUAGGAUGCCUGUUAGUUCUUUUCCUUUGGAGAAAAGAACAGGAAUAAAUGCAUCUUGAUUAAAAUGAAGUGAACCCCAACUAUUUAAAUAACAAAAUAGCCUUCAGACAUAUGUUAAACUAACAAGUGUUUACAUGGCUCAUGCAGGAGUUCACGUUGGGUUUUUUUUUUUUUUUUGGUUUUUUCUCACAGGCACACUCUGCCUCCCUGAGACUGCAGAUGACUCAGCAGCUAAUUAUCUAAUUCGAAGAAGCCAGAUUCAUUUCUCCGUAGGUGUAUGGACUUAAGUAUACAGAGCCUCACAUAAUAACGCACAUAUAUAAAGGCUAAACCAGAGUGAACAUUAACUUUGGCAGUGACGGUAUUGUCCGACAAAAAUAGCGACUUAUAUUGGGCCGGUUUACUGUUGCUGUCUUCUUAACCAGGUUAAUUAGUGUCAGGUAAAAACGUUUUGGUCAUAGACAGAAAUGAGUCACUGCAUUAUUCACACGAAAUAAGACAUGUAUUGGAGACGCAUUUCUACAGUAUGCCUUAUCUGUGUCCAUUUUUAAUACCGCUGAAUGAGUAAAAUGUGAUCUCUCGUAUUAUUAUUAUUAUUAUUGUUGUUGUUGCUGUUGUUGUUUUUGUUUUUGUUGUUAAUAUUAUUGUUGUUGCGUGAUUUUGUUUUCGAGAUCUCGCGACAACGGUGCCGAAAGACACGCACCUGACGCCAAUUACUCGUUAAGAGCCACGCUCAGAGGAGUAGUUGACUUUUUAUUUCUUUAGAAACGAUCGUUAAAACGUUUUUAACAGAGUUUUCUGCAUAUUCGGAAAGCCAUUUCUACACAAAGGUGGUGUGGUUCAGGUUAUGUACACUACAAGCUUUUUCACAACACAGUCCCUCUGGUUGAUCCCAGGAGGCCCAACCUGAAGACAGGUGGCAGAGCAGCUGGCCGACAAUGUCCAUGUGACAAGGACGGUAAUCACAAAGGGGACAUUUGAUGUGGCCACGCAGUUAUGCACGGCACAGGUUGACCUCUCCCGGUGCUGCGCAGGAUGACCUGUUGCGUGCCCUGGUGGUUGUCCCCGUCACCUACUGGGAAAAGAGCAUCAAGGACAACUACGCGUCCCGACACAUGUUACUUCCUGUCCAGCCUGGCAGAUGAGUAAUGAGGUCAUUCUUCUGUGUCCACACAUCUUCCAGAACUACACGAUCUCCGGCGGACUCAGACCUCAGCCACCUCGUGAUGAACACGCACCUCUGCAACAAGAAGAGUCUAAUGUUGAAGCAGAUUGGGAUGCUGGACCAUUCACCCUUUAUCACUCCCAUGGUGCAGCACGGCAGUGAGUGGCACACUAAUAAGUUAACUCCGCUUCUGACACCUGCCUCAAACAACCAGACAAAAUGGCAUCAGGUUAACGACGGCCUUUAAUCCAAGGAGAAAGUAUAGACGGUGACACGUGGGAGGAAGCAAAGGCCAAAGCGCCGGUGGCCGUCUUCCAGACCGUGUGACUCAUUGCACCGUCAAAAGAUGGAGGAUGACCAGCAGCAGAAGGAGAUAAAGAUUCUCACGUAUCGUCCAACCGAAGCAGUGAGGGAUGAAACCAACAAAGCCCUGCUGACAGAUACACUCAUCGCUGAGUCAAUGGUGAGCAGGAUUCUGCUGAGUCUGUGCUCGCUAAAGCUUGAAGAGGAUUCAUGGGAUGCACUCCUGCACCUCAUUGUAGGGGCUGUCGACUGCGGGGGCCAACGGUGGCUCGGAGGGACGUUUCCUAAUCACAUACAUCAAUGCCUGCUUCGCCGAGGCUUUUUUUGCAAGAUUGAGCUGGAGGAGGAUGAGUGCAGCUGCCAACCUUCUCAGUCCAUCUGAAAGGUCCGCCGAAAAGUGAGUUCACACUGUCGGUGCCAGAGCAACCCCAACCACGUGACUUUCUCCUCGCGUUACUCCGCGCAACCCAAUGUUUCCAUGGUGACGCGCAACGCUCAACAGAGCUUUGACUUCAUGGAAGAAAACAGUGCAUAAGAGACAAAGAAGCUCUAAGGAAUUAUGGAAGAAGUGGACGAAGACUACUUGAGGACUACUCGCCUGUCCUUUGUUCGUUGUGUGGCAAUUUCUGGUGUAACAGAGGAAUUGUGGACAAAGGAGAAUGAGAGAGAUUUGGACCAAUUUAUCUUGGACACGUCCAUCACAACUGUGGUCAUCUACAAGGACACCUGUGGAAAGCUCCAUGUGGAGUACUCUAUGCCUUUACCAGGACAGGUGGUGGAGCAGCUGUCCUAUUUUAGCCGCAUCCCAGGAGCCAUAAUCACAGCAGAGAUGUUUGAUGUGGCCGUACAGUUUGGCACGGUGCGAGGCGACCCCACCCAGAGACUGCUGCAUGACAUGACCUGUUUGCACGCACCCCCUGUUGCCUUGAGCAAUUACAGAGAGAGGAGCAUCAAGCACAACUACAGCAACAACAUGCACAGCUACCUCGCCAGCCUGACAGAUGAUGUGUAUAGAAAGGUUGGGAAAACAGUGCUUUACAUCCCACUGGAGGGUCUACAGUGCAGCCCUGAAGAGGCAAGCCAGGACAAAGAGCUGGUUCAGAGAAUGGAGUCUGUUGUCAUCUACUGGACGGACCAGAUCAAGGACGUUCUGCAUGGUCAGGAGAUAAUGAAGGUGUGGGACAGCUGUGGUCCUCUGCAGGAGAUAGAAUUCUGGAAAAGUCGCUGUGUUAAGCUGCGGGACAUCACGCAGCAGCUGCAGAAGCCAGGGGUCAGACACAUCCAGAGUAUCUUGGAGCUCUGCAAAUCCCUGUAUGUGCAGCGCUUCUGCAAACUGUCAAAGGAGAUACAGGACUGCUCAGUUCAGGCCCAGUCAAAUCUAUCCUUCCUGUCCAUACUGAGGGAGCCAUGUGAGGAGCUGAACAAGCUCCAACCCAGUGAAGUGGCUCCGAAGAUGCAGCACAUCAUCAACCUCAUUCGCAUCAUUUGGACCAACUCUGGCUUCUACAACACCAGUGAGAAGAUUACUGGCCUCUUCAGCAAGAUGAGUAAUGAGAUCAUACGUCUGUGUUGCCAAAGCAUCUCUGUGGACAGGAUCUUUGAAGGCUAUGUGAUAUCCAGCAAACAAAACCUCAGUGACUGCAUCCAGUGCUGUCAGUCGUGGAAGGACAUUUAUUUGCAUACUUCACAGAUUCACAACAAGUUUUCUGUAAAAAGCUGGGACCUGGAUCACACCAGCUUCUUUGUCAUGAUUGAUGCUUUCAUUCAGAGGUUCAGAGAACUGAUGGAGGUUUGUGACAGCCAACGUCAGUUUGCUCGCUGGGAGGAUGGUAAACAGAGGCCUCUGCCGUGUUUCGGUGGUUGUCAGGAACCAGAAUUCAUCAGGUCCCUGCUGGAGAUUGAGGACAAUUUUGGCUGCGGCCUUCAGAAACUGCACACUGUUGAUGCAGGCAUUCUUGAUGUCCAGGACACGGCGUGGUGCAGUGAAUUUAUCAGGUUUAAUGCUCUGAUAAAAGAACUGGAGAUGAGGAUGCAGAACCUGAUCAAUUCAGUCUUCAAAAUGGUAAAGACUGUGGAGGAAGGAGUUCGACUUCUGGACGUUUUUAGACCAAUGUCCACUCAGGAGUCUUCUCAGUCGCGGGUCUUUAAAAGUACCACAGAGGAAAAGGCUGAAGAAAUCUACACCAUUUUCAACACGGAACUCAAAUUAGUGAACAAUGAGCUGAACCAACAGACCAAAUGUUUCCCAGAUGAUUUGCCCCUAUUAGCAGGACAGGCCCACUGGGUGAUGGCCCUCAGACAUCGCAUUGAGAGACAGAUGGAGGUGCUGCAGAAGGCCCACUUUUUGCCUGAGUCCUACAGUCACAAACAGGUCAUCAUCGGCUAUAAACAAACAGUCCAUGUUCUGGAUGAGAGGCUGAGAAAGUACUUCAGUGAGUGGAACCACAAGCUGGAUGGACAGUACCUCAAGGCACUGGAGCAGCCACUGUUGGUCCGCAACAGAGACAGCCCUGCCAAGCUGGACGUGAACUUUGACAGCAAUCUCUCAAACCUGUUUGCCGAGAUCCACUACUGGGACCGUCUCCAGUUUGAGAUCCCGCAGAGUGUGUCUGACCUUUACCAGGACAGGGAAGAGUUCAGAGCCCUCCGGGAGAAGGCCCUGCUACUGGUCAGGAGCUAUAACAGAAUCAUUGGAAUGUUGUCGCCUGAUGAGCUGGGGUUGUUUCGGGAGCGAUUACGUUUGCUGGAUAAGAAGGUUCAGCCUGGACUGACCAAGGUUCUGUGGUCGUCUAAGGGACCGUCAAACCUCUUUGUCCGCGACUGUCUCCUGCAUGUUGACAAGGUCCAACUAAUUGUUGAUGAUUUCAAAGCAUCUAAUCUUUCCAUCUCCAAACUGUGUCAGCAAAUCAGUGAAACUUUAUUGGUGAGACUGGAUGGAAAGACUGUGUACAGGAACCAGCAGUUUGAUGAUGACGUGAAGGCUCAACAGCAGAGCCAACUUCAAAUACUCCUCUCAGCUCACCAAAGUAUUAUUAGCAUCAUGACCAGUGUCUACAACAUCUUUUCUACUGAUGGACCAGUGGUGCAGCAGCACUGGGCCACCUACAUAGACAAGGUGGAUCAGAUGGUAGAAGAAGCCCUCAGAGUUAACGUCAAAGAAUCCAUAAGGAGCCUGUCCAGAGCCGUCAAUGGAGAUAACAAGACGUCACCAAACCCCUUGUUCAAAGUCUUGGUAUCACUGCGGCAGGCCACUCCCCAAACAACUGUUCCAAAGGUUGAGUUCUCACCAACACUUGGAGCGCUUGCUGUGAUGGUGAACAUUCUGCCUCGCCUCAUUACCACCGUGGCAGAAUUCAAACGACUUCCUGAGCUUCUGAACUGCAAGCAGUCACAGAGGAAUCCCAUACAUGUAAACAUAGAGCAAGACGAGGAGAUUAAGAAAAUCCAGGCUGCAGUUGCAACAGGGAUGACAGCGAAUGCCAGUAACCUGCAGGCGUACCUGAAGACCUGGGACAAAUACAGGGACAUCUGGGAGAUUAACAAGGACUCCUUUAUAAAGCGCUAUCAACGACUGAACCCACCAGUCACUUCCUUUGACACAGACAUACACAGGUACACAGAAAAGGCCAAUAGUGUUCAACAGGAAGAGACAGUGUCCAACAUGGGGUUCGUGACACUGGACUGUUCACCACUAAAGUCCUCACUGGUUCAGCACUGCAACGAAUGGGAAACUAAGUUCACACAGCUACUCAGCCACAUCGCCAGCAACCGCCUCGAGGAACUACAUGCCUCGAUGAAAGCCAAUGCCGACAGGCUGGAGCAACUUCCUCAGACUUUGGCUGAACUCGGUGAGAGCCUAAAGCUCUUGGAAUCUCUGCAGAGAGAUCUGGCCAAGACAGAAGCUCAGAUUCGUCUCAUUCAUGAGCAGUUUGCUAUUCUGGACAAAUAUGAGGUCCCAGUGGAACAGGCAGUGCAGGAUUUGCACGAGGUCAUAGACGGUGAAUGGGUUUGGUUCCAGCAGGUGUUGAUUGACAGUGACAUUACCCUGCAGAAGCACAAGGAGAAAUUCAGGAGCAACCUGGUGGUUUCCUCAGAGGAUUUAAAAAAAAAGAUUCAGGCUGCAGUGGUGGAGUUCCACAGGACAGGCCCUUUUGAUGGUUCACUGACCCCUGAAUCAGGCUUGAAGGAAAUAUCCCUCCUGCACAGCCAGCUGGAGGCUCUGAAACAGGAAGAGAUCACUAUGAUUGAUGGACUGGGAUUUUUCAAAAUUGAACAGCCUCCCUCCAAAAGCAUCCGGACACUGGAGAAGGACAUAGACAGCCUGCAGGAGGUCUGGGAGAUCGCACAGGAAUGGAAUUCCUACUGGGACAUUUGGAAGGUUGGUCAUUUUGCCAUGCUGCAGACCAAGAACAUGGAAAGCACUGCCCAGGAGAUGUUCAAAAAACUCCACCAACUCAAGAGGGAGCUGAAGGAUAAAGAAUGGGACGUCAUAGAUUCCUCCAAGGACAAGAUUGACCAGUUCAAGCGCAUCAUCCCUCUUAUUGCUGAGAUGAGGAACCCAGCCAUGAGAGAUAGACACUGGAAGCAGAUCUGUGAAGAGCUCAACUGCUCCUUUGACCCCACCAGCUCUGAGUUCACCCUGGGAAAGAUAAUCGAUUUGGGCUUUGAAAAGUACACUGACAAGAUUUUUGAGGUGGCUGGAGCGGCCAGCAAGGAACUCUCCAUUGAACAGGGUUUGGAGAAUAUUGGUAAGACUUGGGAGGAAACAUCUCUGGACAUAGAGCCUUACAGAAACAAAGGCCACUACAGACUGAGGGGGACAGAUGAGGUUUUCCAGGCCUUGGAGGACAACCAGGCUACACUUUCCACAAUGAAGGCAUCUCGGUUUGUUAAAGCCUUUGAACAGGAAGUGGACUCCUGGGAAUGUCGACUGUCCCAGGUGCUGGAAGUCAUUGAGAUGAUCCUUACUGUGCAGCGUCAGUGGAUUUAUCUGGAGAACAUUUUCCAGGGGAAGGACAUCAGGGAGCAGCUGCCUCAGGAGUGCAGAGAGUUUGAGGACGUCAGUUCCAGUUGGAAAGUCAUCAUGGAAGGACUUCAUCAGGACAACAAUGCCUUAAGGGGAACACACAAUCCUGGCCUGCAAGAAAAGCUGUCAGAGAUGAGUGCCAAGUUGGAGGAGAUCCAAAAGGCCUUGGACAUGUACCUGGAGACCAAGCGGCAGAUUUUCCCAAGAUUCUACUUCUUGUCUAACGACGAUGUGCUGGAGAUUCUGGGACAGUCACAGAAUCCAAGCGCCAUGCAGCCACACCUGAAGAAGUGUUUUGACAACAUCAAGAGCCUGCGCAUUGAAAAGGUCGGCAGCAAAUCUGAUGCCAUUGGUAUGUACUCAGCUGAUGGGGAGUAUGUUGAGCUCAUGCAGCUGGUGCCAAUAGACAAACCAGUAGAGAUCUGGCUUUGUGAUGUGGAGAAGAUCAUGCGUGGCACACUGAAGGAUUGUCUGAAUGACUGUCUCGUUGCUCUAAAAAGGAUGACGGAUCAGAGGGACAAGUGGGUCAAAGACUGGCCUGGACAGAUGCUGAUUACUGCCAGUCAGAUACAAUGGACUUCUGACGUGACCAAAGCUCUUAUGACCAGCAAGGAGAGGGCUGAUAAAUCCUCCCUUAAGUCCUUAAAAAAGAAACAGGUGUCCAUGCUUCAGGGAUAUUCAGAAAUGAUCCGUGGGAAUUUGUCCAAAGUGCUACGUCUGAAGAUUGUAGCGCUGGUCACCGUGGAGGUUCAUGCCCGUGAUGUCAUAGACAAGCUGGCCAAGGCCGGGUGCAGUGACGUCAACGCCUUUGACUGGCUCAGCCAGCUGCGACUGUACUGGGAGAAGGAUAUGAAUGACUGCAUAAUCCGUCAGACCAACACACAGUUCAAGUAUGGCUAUGAAUACCUGGGCAACUCGGGACGUCUCGUCAUCACUCCUCUUACUGACAGGUGUUACAUGACUCUGACCACAGCCCUUCAUCUUCACCGAGGAGGGUCACCUAAAGGCCCAGCUGGCACUGGAAAGACAGAGACAGUCAAGGACUUGGGGAAAGCUCUGGGCAUGUAUGUCAUUGUAGUCAACUGCUCUGAAGGACUGGACUACAAAUCUAUGGGACGCAUGUACUCUGGCCUGGCACAGACAGGAGCAUGGGGAUGCUUUGACGAGUUCAACCGUAUAAACAUUGAGGUGUUGUCGGUGGUCGCUCAGCAGAUUCUUUCCAUCCUGUCUGCCCUCUCUGCUGCCCAGACCAAGUUCCAUUUUGAUGGACAGCACAUUAACUUGGUCUGGUCAUGUGGCAUCUUCAUCACCAUGAACCCAGGUUAUGCAGGUCGGACUGAGCUCCCAGAAAACCUCAAGUCCAUGUUUAGACCCAUCUCCAUGGUGGUGCCGGACUCUACGUUAAUUGCUGAAAUCAUACUGUUUGGCGAAGGCUUCAACAACUGCAAGCUCCUGGCGAAGAAGGUGUUCACACUGUACUCACUGGCCAUGCAGCAGCUAUCCAAACAGGACCACUACGAUUUCGGCCUCCGUGCCCUCACAUCAUUGCUUCGAUAUGCUGGGAAAAAGCGGCGUGCUUGCCCUGAUGUCCCUGAUGAAGAAAUUCUGUUGAUGGCUAUGAAGGACAUGAACAUUGCCAAGUUGACCUCUCCUGACCUGCCACUGUUCAAUGGCAUCACUCAGGACUUGUUUCCUUUGGUGGAGGUGCCCAGUAUUGAUUAUGACCAGCUGAAGAAAUCCAUUGAGACGGAGCUUCGUCAGAAAGGUCUGCAGGUCACUCCAUUCACCAUUACCAAAGUCAUUCAACUCUACGAGACCAAGAACUCCCGACACUCCUCCAUGCUGGUGGGCAAGACAGGAAGUGGUAAGACUGUCACAUGGCGGACGCUGCAGAGUGCCCUCACUGCCCUGCACCACAUGGGGGCACCUGGUUUCCAAGCAGUUCAGGAUUAUCCUCUGAAUCCCAAAGCAAUGAGUCUGGGUGAACUGUAUGGAGAGAAUGACCUGUCCACCAAUGAGUGGACUGAUGGAGUCUUAUCCUCUCUAAUGAGAUCAGCCUGUGCAGAUGAGAAGCCUGAUGAAAAGUGGAUCGUGUUUGAUGGACCCGUCGACACGCUGUGGAUCGAGAGCAUGAACUCGGUGAUGGACGACAACAAGGUCCUCACACUCAUCAAUGGGGAGAGAAUCUCUAUGCCCGAACAGGUGUCUCUGCUGUUUGAGGUGGAGAACUUAGCAAUGGCUUCUCCUGCGACUGUGUCUCGCUGUGGGAUGGUUUACAACGAUUACACCGACCUGGGCUGGAGACCAUUUGUCCAGUCCUGGCUGGACAAGCGACACAUGGCAGAGGUUGACCAUUUAAAGCCGCUUUUUGAAAAAUAUAUUGAUAGCACGCUGAGCUUCAAGAAAAACAACUGUCAUGAACCAGUGCCCAUCACAGAACUAAACGGAGUCAUCUCACUCUGCCGUCUGUACGACUCACUGGCCACAUCCACCAACGGGGUUAACACUUCAGAUACAAAUGGCCUGGGCAGGAUGGUGGAGUUCUGGUUUAUCUUCAGCCUCAUCUGGUCGGUGUGUGCCUGCGUUGAUGAAAAUGGACGCAAGAAGAUGGACAAAUACUUGCGUGAAAUAUACGGGACCUUCCCCAUCAAGGACAGCAUUUAUGAAUACACUGUGGACAUCAAGAACAAGACCUGGGCUUCCUUUGAAGAUAAGCUGCCAAAAGAUUGGCGUUACAAUACAAGUGCUCCGUUCUAUAAGAUUAUGGUUCCUACUGUAGACACCCUGCGUUACAAUUUUCUAGUGAAGGCUCUGGUGUCGGAGCAGCACCCAGUCCUUCUCACUGGUCCAGUGGGCACGGGUAAAACCUCAGUGGCUCAAAGUGUCCUGCAAGGUCUGGACGACAAGUGGGCGGCCCUCACUGUCAACAUGUCCUCACAGACCACCUCUAAUAACAUCCAGGCCAUCAUAGAGAGCCGCAUCGAGAAGAGGACCAAAGGCGUGUUUGUGCCAGCAGGUGGGAAGCAUCUGCUUUGUUUCCUUGACGACCUGAACAUGCCAGCACACGACCUUUUCGGCUCGCAGCCGCCACUUGAACUGCUGCGACUGUGGAUCGACUGCGGCUUCUGGUAUGACCGCCAAAAACAAACACGAAAAUUUGUCAAAGACAUGAUCUUGCUGGCUUCAAUGGGGCCCCCUGGUGGAGGGAGGACACACAUUUCUGAACGCUUACAGAGCCGAUUUAACCUCAUCAAUAUGACCUUUCCACAUGAGUCCCAGAUCAGACGGAUCUACAGCACCAUGAUCAAUCAAAAGCUGCAAGGCUUCAAGGAGGAGGUGAAGCCCAUUGGAGACACACUGACUCAAGCUACAUUGGAGCUGUACUACGCUGUUACUGCACAAUUUCUUCCCACUCCGGCCAAGAUUCACUAUCUGUUCAACCUCAGAGACAUCUCCAAGGUGUUUCAGGGUUUACUACGAGCUCAUCCAGACUUCCAUGACACGAAAACCAACAUUACAAGACUUUGGGUGCACGAGUGUUUCAGGGUUUUCUCAGAUCGGCUGGUAGAUAACAGUGACACAGAAGCCUUUGUUGCCUUGAUGACAGAGAAAUUGGGCUCACUCUUUGACUUCACCUUCCACAGCAUGUGCACCAAUAAACAGCCACCAUUAUUUGGGGAUUUCAUUAACGACUCCCAUGUGUAUGAGGAUCUACUGGACGUUAAUGAUCUCAAGAAGUUCAUGGAAACCAAGCUGGAGGACUACAACCUCACACCUGGCGUAGUGCCCAUGAGCCUGGUGCUCUUUCAAGAUGCCAUUGAACACAUUACCCGUGUGAUCCGUGUGAUCGGUCAGCCCAGAGGAAACAUGUUGCUGGUUGGCAUUGGCGGCUCAGGCAGACAGAGCCUGUCCAAGAUGGCUGCUUACAUCUGCGACUACCAGGUGUUUCAGGUGGAAGUUACAAAGCAAUAUCGCAAACAAGAGUUCAGGGAAGACAUGAAGAAGCUGUACCGUUUGACAGGAGUGGACAACAAGCCCACUGUCUUCCUGUUCAAUGACACUCAGCUCGUCGAUGAGUCCUUCCUCGAGGACAUCAAUAACAUUCUGAGUUCUGGAGAGGUUCCUAACCUCUACAAGCAGGAUGAGUUUGUCGAGGUCUGCAAUGCUCUGUCAGAAUCCGCCAGGAGAGACAAGAUGGCAGAGACUCCUGACUCUUUGUUCAGCUACUUGAUCGAGCGAGUCAGGAACAACCUGCAUGUGGUGCUGUGCAUGAGCCCAGUGGGGGAGCCCUUCAGGAACCGCCUCCUUCAGUACCCAGCGAUCGUCAACUGUACCACCAUAGACUGGUUUUGUGAGUGGCCCAAAGAUGCUCUGCUGGAGGUGGCUCAGAGGUAUCUGGAUGGACUGGAGCUGGGCUCAAUGGAGGGGAUCCAGACAAAGGUUGCCAGUGUCUUUGUGACUACACACCAGUCGGUGGCUGAGGUGUCCAGAAAGAUGAAGUUGGAGCUGAAAAGACACAACUAUGUGACUCCCACCAACUACCUGGAGUUGGUGUCUGGAUACAAGAAGCUGUUGGCUGAGAAACGCAGUGAGCUGGGGGAGCAGGUGUGCAAACUGCGUAACGGCCUUUUCAAGAUCAGUGACACCCGCGAGAAGGUGGAGGCCAUGUCUGUGGAGCUGGAGGAGGCCAAGAAGCAGGUGGCAGAGUUCCAGAAACAGUGCGACGAGUACCUGUCCGUCAUUGUGCAGCAGAAGAACGAGGCUGACAAACAACAGAAGGCUGUGAGUGCCAGCAGUGACAAAAUUGGAGCUGAGGAAUUACACUGUAAAGCCAUGGCUGAGAAUGCACAAAGAGACCUGGACCAGGCUUUACCUGCACUGGAGGAGGCUAUGAAGGCCCUGGAAUCUCUGAAUAAGACAGACAUGACGGAGAUCAAGUCGUAUGGUCAUCCACCAGCGUUGGUGGAGACAGUGAUGCAGGCUGUCAUGACCCUGCUGGGCAAGGAACCCACAUGGGCUGAGGCCAAGAGACAGCUGGGUGAGCCCAGCUUCAUCAAAACACUAGUGAACUACGAUAAGGACAACAUAUCCGACCGUAUGCUGAAGAGGAUCGGUCAAUACUGCAAACAAGAUGACUUCCAGCCAGAGGUCAUUGGAAAAGUGUCACUGGCUGCCAAGUCCCUCUGUAUGUGGGUGAGAGCAAUGGAGGUUUACGGCCGUGUUUACAGGGUGGUGGAACCAAAGCGGCUCCAACUGAAAUCAGCCACAGCUCAGCUGGCUGAGAAACAGGCUGCCCUCGCUGAGGCCCAGGACAAACUCAGAGAGGUGGGGGAGAAGCUUGAAGAGCUGAAAAGGCAACACGAGGAGAAACUGGCCACGAAAGAGAAUCUGAGGAAGAAAUCGGAGGAGAUGGAGGUGAAACUGGACCGAGCUGACAAACUGGUGACUGGACUUGCGGGAGAAAGAGUCCGCUGGGAAGAGAGAGCUGCUGGUCUUGAAGAGAACAUGGGAUACCUGGUAGGGGACUGUCUCCUUGCAGCCUCUUUCCUCUCCUAUAUGGGACCGUUUCUUUCCAACUACAGAGAUGAGCUGCUUUCCAUCUGGAUGAAUGAGGUGAAAAACUUUGAGAUCCCCUGCACCCCUGGGUUCAGUUUUGCAGUUUUUCUGUCUAAGCCCACGGCAGUGAGGGAGUGGAACAUUCAGGGUCUGCCCUCUGAUGCAUUCUCCACUGAGAACGGAGUGAUUGUUACACGUGGUAAUCGUUGGCCACUGAUGGUGGACCCUCAAGGCCAAGCUCUGAAGUGGAUCAAAAAUAUGGAGAUAAAAAGAGGCCUGAAAGUCAUCGACUUUCAGAUGCCAGACUUCCUGCGGGUGCUGGAGACUGCCAUUCAGUUUGGGAAUCCUGUUCUGCUGCAGAAUGUACAGGAAAACCUGGACCCGUCUCUCAAUCCAGUCCUUAACAAGUCCCUGACACGAAUAGGUGGCAGACUGAUGUUGAAGCUGGGUGAUAAGGAGGUGGAGUACAAUCCAGAGUUUCGUUUCUACAUCACCACCAAACUCUCAAACCCCCACUACGCUCCAGAGAUCUCUACUAAGACCACCAUUGUCAACUUUGCUGUUAAAGAACAGGGGCUGGAGGCCCAACUUUUGGGUAUUGUUGUGCGUAAGGAGCGUCCAGAGCUGGAAGAACAGAAGGAUUCCUUGGUGAUCAGCAUUGCCUCUGGCAAGAGAAGAUUGCAGGAACUGGAGGAUGAGAUCCUCAGGCUGCUGAACGAGGCGACUGGCUCACUGCUGGACGACGUGCAGCUGGUGAACACCUUGCAGACGUCUAAGGUGACGUCCACUGAAGUUUCAGAGCAGCUGGAGAGCAGCGAACAGACUGAAAUCAAGAUCGACUCUGCCAGAGAGGCCUACCGUCUAUGUGCUCAGCGAGCUUCCAUCCUCUUUUUCAUCCUGAAUGACAUGGGACGCAUUGACCCCAUGUACCAGUUCUCACUGGACGCCUACGUCAACCUCUUCAAUCUUAGCAUAGAAAAAAGUAAGCGCAGCCACAAGCUGGAGGAAAGGAUUAACAACCUCAACGAAUACCACACAUAUGCAGUGUACAGGUACGCAUGCCGCGGUUUGUUUGAGGCCCAUAAGCUUCUCUUCAGCUUCCAGAUGUGUGCCAAAAUCCUGGAGGUGGCUGGCAAGCUCAACGUGGAUGAGUACAGUUUCUUCCUCAGAGGAGGACUUGUGCUGGACAAAGAGGAGCAGAUGAACAACCCCUGCAACAACUGGCUGACAGACUCCUGCUGGGACAACAUCACUGAACUGAAUAAACUGACCAACCUCCACGGUAUCAUGGAUUCUUUCAAAGACCACCCUGACGACUGGAACCUUUGGUUCACUAGUGCUGAUCCGGAAAAUGCUGCAUUACCAGCUAAUUGGGAAAACAGCUGUGAUGACCUGCAGAAGAUGCUGGUUGUGCGAUCUCUGCGUCAGGACCGUGUCCCCUACUGUGUCACCUCAUUCAUCAUUAAGAACUUGGGCCCUCGCUUUGUGGAGCCUCCUGUCCUUGACAUGAAAGCAGUUGUGGAAGAGUCCACCUGCAGGACUCCUCUGAUCUUUGUUCUCUCUCCUGGGGUGGACCCAACUGCGGCUCUGCUGCAAUUGGCUGAAACCUGUGACAUGAGCAAACACUUCCACGCGCUCUCUCUGGGCCAAGGACAGGCACCUAUCGCCAAGAGCAUGAUUGAAGAGGGUGUCAAAAAUGGUCACUGGGUUUUUCUCGCCAACUGCCACCUGUCUCUCUCAUGGAUGCCUGAACUGGACAAGCUGGUGGAGCAGUUACAAGUUCAAGAGCCACACUCUGACUUCAGACUGUGGCUCAGCUCUUCACCUCACCCAGGGUUUCCUAUCACCAUACUGCAGGCUGGCAUCAAAAUGACCACUGAGCCACCAAAGGGUGUAAAAGCUAACAUGAAGCGUUUGUACCAGCUGGUGCCAGAAGCUCAGUUCAACCGCUGCUCUAGACCUUUGUUCUACAGGAAGCUCCUCUUUUCCCUCUGCUUCUUUCACAGCAUCCUGCUGGAAAGGAAGAAGUUCCUGCAGCUGGGCUGGAACAUUGUUUAUGGCUUCAAUGAUUCUGACUUUGAGGUGAGUGAGAACCUGCUGAGUCUGUACCUGGAUGAGUACGAGGAGAUUCCCUGGGAUGCACUGAAGUAUCUAAUUGCAGGGGUCAACUAUGGAGGUCACGUAACAGACGAGUGGGACAGACGUCUGCUGACGACGUACAUCAAUGACUACUUCUGUGACGCUGCCGUUACACAGCCAUUCUUCCAGUUGUCCUCAUUAACGUCCUACUACAUCCCCAGUGAUGGAGCCCAGUCCUCUUACAAAGACUUCAUCAGCACGCUGCCAUCCACAGAGCACCCUGAAGUGUUUGGCCAGCACCCCAAUGCAGACAUUGCAAGUCAGAUUGCAGAGACCAGGACACUCUUUGACACCCUGCUCUCCCUACAGCCCCAGGUCAGCAGCACCACAGCUGCAGGGCGGGCACCUAGCAGAGAGGAUAAGGUGUUAGAGCUGUUGGCAGAGGUCCGCGGAAAGAUUCCAGCUCUGAUUGAUUACAAGAUGACACAGACACUCUUCCAGGAAAACCCGUCACCUCUGGAUGUUGUCCUGCUUCAGGAAAUUCACAGAUACAACUCUCUGCUGGACACCAUCAUCCUGUCGCUAGCAGAACUGGAAAAAGGGAUCAAGGGCUUAGUGGUGAUGUCACCCAGCCUGGAGGAGACUUUCCACUGCAUCCAUGAAGCCCGUGUACCACCGCUGUGGGAGAAGACCUACCCAUCGUCGAAGCCCCUGGCAGCUUGGACCAGGGAUCUUUGCCAGCGAGUCGAUCAGUUUGCACGCUGGGCUGAGACAACCCAGCCUCCCUGUCUGUUCUGGCUCUCCGGCUUCACCUUUCCCAAUGGUUUCCUCACUGCCGUGCUGCAGUCCUAUGCACGACAGCAUCAUACAUCCGUGGACACACUGUCCUGGGAGUUUAUCGUGUCCUCUGUUGAUGACAGCAGCCUCGUCUGUCCUCCUAAGGAUGGAGUGUUUGUUCGUGGUUUAUUCCUGGAGGGCGCUGGUUGGGACAAAAAGAACUCCUGUCUGGUGGAAGCUGAACCCAUGCAGAUGUACUGUCCUGUCCCCACCAUUCACUUCAAACCUGUGGAAAACCGCAAGAAGAUGGGCAAGGUCAUGUACCUGUGUCCGUGCUACUACUUCCCAGUGCGCUCCGGAGGAGCAGGACGACCGUCUUUUGUGAUCGGUGUUGAGCUGAAAUCCGGAUCUGUCCCUCCAGACCACUGGGUCAAGAGAGGAACGGCGCUUCUCAUGAGCCUGGAUAACUAAAUGCGUCGAAAUCGUACACACCCACGGCCCAUUUGUGGUUCUUAUUAUUUCAUUCCGUGUUUUUCUUUUAAUUUUGUUAAUAAAAUCAGACUUUCUCUUUAUGAUUUCUGAGGCCGUAAAGACCCCCAAGACCACAAAUAGAGUAAACGAGCUCUUCUGCUGUUAUUGUAAAGCGUUACAUUACACCUGGGGCCCAGCAGUAAAUGGUCUGAGUCAUUCAUGGCACUUUGAAGUCAGCCAGACAUGACUUGGCUCAAAAAGAGGACAAAGAGAGGGAGCGACAUAAGAAAAAAAACUGAAGCUGUUCAAACAAAUGAAUUCUAAUGAAGCUUCGCAGACAAGACGUUUGGAGUCGGUCAGCUUUGUGGGAGAGACGGCCCGGACUUCCCCAGUGGAAAAGGACUGAACACAAACUUCUGAAAGGGAGGGAGAGAAAAGCAAGAGAAGGACCCCAGAGAAAAUGGAGUUUAGGGGUCUGCGUCAUCCGUGUCUGCGAGAGGAGAUGGAGACUCCUGCAGAUUUGGAAUAUUUCACCAGCGGCACCUCCCCAGCAUAUUUUGGGGUAGAACAGAGAAGAGAGAAGAAAUGACCAUGAUCAAACAUUAUCUUCCUACCCGCAAAAAACCGCCAUGACUGAAAUCAUGUGAUGUUCCUGACCUGCGGUCGGCCUGGGGUCGACUACCGUCAACAUGAAUAACAUCCAACAUUUUACUGCCAAUGGCCACCUGUUCAGGUACGGAGGAGUCCCAGAUCACCCAGUUCAAGUCAGCCCCAAUCCAGAGCAAAUAUUUAGGAGCAGGGUUGAGGAGACCCCAGGGAGAUGAUAUUGACAACAGGAUCCAAGACUUAGAACAGCUGUGAAUCAAUCAUUUGGUGCUACACUACAAGGGAGCAGCAGCGACCUCGUGAUCUUUACUCAUCUCCUCCAGUGAGUCUCCUCAUCCCCUUGGUGUUUACAGCCAAUUUAGGCUUUUGGGUUCUUGGUGCUGAAAACAGGAGUUCAGACAGCAGCAGUAUUCUCAAGUGUUGGAGUGAGGCCCUCUCUCUGCUGCAGUGGAGGGCUUCACAGACGUAGCUAUU